AUGAGUGUUGAUGAUUAUAAUAAUAAUAACAGUAACAAUGAACAAAUUCAAUCUCUUACACGUGAUCUUGAAUUAAUGCGUGAACGUUAUUUAAAAUUAGUUGAUGUUCAUGGAAAAUUACAACAGGAAACGAGUGUAUUAGAAGAACGAAUUCUUUCAAUUGUUGAAACAUAUUCAAAUGAAAGAAAUCAAUUAGAACAAGAUUUAAUUGAUGCUAAACAUAAAAUUUUACAUUUACAAGAUACAGUUGAUGAUUUAGAAAUUGAAAAACAACGAUAUAAAAAUGAUUGUAAUCUAGCUGUUAGACUUUUACAUCGACAUCCAAAUGAAUUUAUGCCACCACCACCAUCAACAACAACAUUAGAACAAAUUCAAGAACAAUCGAAAACUAAAAAUGAAUCCGUAGCUACAAAUCAAUCUCAACAUAGUUUAAUAAUACCUACUUUUCCGCCAAUGUUUGUUCAAUCAAUUCCAUCGUUCAAUACAAAUACUUCUUCUUCAUCUCCAGCAGUUAGCCAACCUCCUGCAUCAACUACUAGUGAUACUCUUCGUUUUGCUGAAUCAUUAUUUAAAACGAACAAUGUACAUCGUUAUCCUUCUACACAUUUUAUUUGUUCAAAUUGUCAUCAAACAAUUAAAUGUCAUGAUGUUAGUGUUCAAACAUCUCUUGAUGAUCGUAGUGCCACAACUCGAACACGCCUUAUAUCUCUUACAGCAUCCGAUGACAGUCUCGAUACUGAUUUAGCAUGGAAUUCACUUGAACCACAUCACGCACAUAUGACAGUACAAGAAUAUCAAACGGGACAUGCAAGAAGAUCAUCUCAAGAUGCAGGAUUACCUUCCAAUUCUAUUCCUCAGAUGCAUCAUGUUUAA